UGGCUGCUGAGAUGAUCUUUGUGCGAACGAAGCAGCAAAGCGGUCGCAGUUAGCAAGACACAGCAAGCACACACAGAGACGCGAAAGACGGCGGGCGAGACCGAUUUUUAGCCUGAAAAUAAUCCUUACGGCGACUUUACAGUCACAGCGACGGCCUUAAAAUGGUCAUCUGGUGAAGCGUGUGCUUAGGCCGAGGAGUGGCAGACAGCGCCAUCCAGGCGUGCAGAAUAGGACUGCAUCCUGUCUCACAUCCGACAUCCAGCUUCCUGAAGCUCCAUCGCGGCUGCCAGAUGGACUACAAGCUCUGAAAGUACAGCGAGACAGGACUGAAAUCAUCUGAGGAGAGGAGCCGGGGGGGGGGAGAACGCUCACAGGAGGAGGAAAGCUUGGGAGAGUAGAAGAAAGGACAAGGGGCUCUACGAUGUCGUCAAACAGAACCCAGAACCCCCACGGACUGAAACAGAUAGGUCUGGACCAGAUAUGGGACGACCUGCGGGCAGGCAUCCAGCAGGUGUACACGCGGCAAAGCAUGGCCAAGUCACGGUACAUGGAACUCUACACACAUGUAUAUAACUAUUGUACCAGUGUCCACCAGUCCAGCCAGGGCAGGGGCUCUGUGCCUCCAGCAAAGCCCUCCAAAAAGUCCACCACUCCGGGCGGGGCUCAGUUUGUGGGCCUGGAGCUCUACAAGCGACUCAAGGAGUUCCUAAAGAACUAUCUGACCAGCCUGCUCAAGGACGGCGAGGAUCUGAUGGAUGAGUGUGUGUUGAAGUUUUACACCCAGCAGUGGGAGGACUAUCGUUUCUCAAGUAAAGUCCUCAACGGGAUCUGUGCCUACCUCAAUCGGCACUGGGUCAGACGGGAGUGUGAUGAGGGACGCAAGGGUAUCUACGAAAUAUACUCUCUGGCUCUCGUGACCUGGAGGGAAUGUUUAUUCCGACCCCUCAACAAACAGGUAACAAAUGCAGUUCUGAAGCUGAUAGAGAGGGAGAGGAACGGUGAGACCAUAAACACCAGGCUGAUCAGUGGUGUCGUCCAGUCUUAUGUUGAGCUGGGUCUGAACGAAGAGGACGCCUUUGCUAAAGGUCCCACGCUGUCCGUGUACAAAGAGUACUUUGAGUGUCAGUUCCUCACUGACACAGAACGUUUCUACACGCGUGAGAGCACCGAGUUCCUGCAGCAGAACCCGGUCACAGAGUACAUGAAGAAGGCGGAGGCCCGUCUCCUGGAGGAGCAGCGGCGUGUGCAGGUUUACCUCCACGAAUCCACCCAGGAUGAACUUGCCAGGAAAUGCGAGCAAGUCCUGAUUGAGAAACACCUGGAGAUCUUCCACACAGAGUUUCAGAACCUGCUGGAUGCAGACAAGAAUGAAGAUCUGGGUCGGAUGUACAACCUGGUGUCGCGGAUCACAGACGGGCUGGGCGAACUGAAGAAACUUUUAGAGACUCACAUCCACAACCAGGGCCUGGCAGCCAUCGAGAAGUGUGGAGAGGCUGCACUCAAUGACCCCAAAGUUUACGUUCAGACCACCUUGGAUGUCCAUAAGAAGUACAACGCCUUGGUCAUGUCUGCCUUCAACAACGACGCCGGUUUUGUGGCAGCUCUCGAUAAGGCGUGUGGUCGCUUCAUCAACAACAACGCUGUCACCAGGAUGGCUCAGUCAUCUAGCAAGUCUCCCGAGCUGCUGGCCAGAUACUGCGACUCUUUACUGAAGAAGAGUUCCAAAAACCCAGAGGAGGCCGAACUGGAGGACACACUCAACCAAGUGAUGGUGGUUUUUAAGUACAUAGAGGACAAGGAUGUUUUCCAGAAGUUUUAUGCCAAGAUGCUAGCCAAACGUCUGGUCCACCAGAACAGCGCCAGCGACGACGCAGAGGCCAGCAUGAUCUCCAAACUCAAGCAAGCGUGUGGCUUCGAGUACACGUCCAAACUGCAGCGGAUGUUCCAGGACAUCGGAGUCAGUAAAGACCUGAACGAGCAGUUCAAGAAACACCUGACCAACUCAGAACCUCUGGACUUGGACUUCAGUAUCCAGGUUCUGAGCUCCGGGUCUUGGCCUUUCCAGCAGUCCUGCACCUUUGCUCUGCCGUCUGAGCUGGAGCGAAGCUACCAGCGCUUCACAGCGUUUUACGCCAGCAGACACAGCGGCAGGAAGCUGACUUGGCUCUAUCACCUGUCCAAAGGCGAGCUGGUCACCAACUGCUUCAAGAACAGGUACACGCUGCAGGCCUCCACCUUCCAGAUGGCCAUCCUGCUGCAGUACAACACAGAGGACAGUUACACCGUGCAGCAGCUCACCGACAGCACGCAGAUUAAGACGGACAUUCUGGUUCAAGUUCUGCAAAUCUUGUUAAAGUCGAAGCUGCUGGUUUUGGAAGACGAGAACGCCAACGUGGACGAGGUGGAGUUCAAACCCGACACAGUUAUAAAGCUUUUCCUCGGAUACAAGAACAAGAAGCUGAGGGUGAACAUUAACGUCCCCAUGAAGACGGAGCAGAAACAGGAGCAGGAAACAACCCACAAGAACAUCGAGGAGGACAGAAAGCUCCUCAUCCAGGCGGCCAUAGUGAGGAUCAUGAAGAUGAGGAAGGUCCUGAAGCAUCAGCAGCUCCUGGCUGAGGUCCUGAACCAGCUGUCGUCCCGGUUCAAGCCCAGAGUCCCCGUCAUCAAGAAAUGCAUCGACAUCCUGAUAGAGAAGGAAUACCUGGAGCGAGUGGACGGCGAGAAGGACACGUACAGCUACCUGGCCUGAAUGCCGCCGCCCCUACACACCUGCCCGCUCACCGGCUCUCCUCAGUUUUAUUUUUAUUUGUAAUCUUCUUCUUUUUAAUUUUAUGUCUGAGUAAUAAAGUGUGGAUCCCUCUGAGCGGCAGACUCGAGAUGACGACAAACCUCCACCCGGAGGAGGGUGAGGACUUUGUGCUCCCCCUGCAGCGAUGAAGGAACAAACGCCCCUCCUGCUGAGGCGGGGAAACCCCGGCUACAUGCUCGCUCGUCCCGUCCCUUCUGAAGCGCUCACUUCCUUGUCAUAUUGUAAAUAACAACAGACUCUAAGAGGAAUAAACAAACCCUUCUCUGCAUAGUGCAAACAUAAUGAAUUAGUCUACAGCCAAUCAGAGGAGAGCCGCAUCCAAAGGUUUCUGCAUGCUACUGCCUACCUGCGCAACAGUGACCACGAAAAAGAUUACAAAGUAAAAAUAAGAGUCGAGUCACUGGGCCGCUGACGCAGUCCACCGAACGAGGAUCAAACCGUGACCGAACCAGAGGCGGUGAGUUUAGAGCCGGCAUGAGGCGUCUGGAUCUGCUGACGUCGUCAGGUUUGGUUGGAGGUGGGGUUCAUGCAGGAGGCCUGUUUCAUCACUGAACGGUGGACAUUUGUAUAGUGUGGUUCAUUUUCUAAAUGUGUGAUAAAUAAAAACAAGGAAAGAUUUCUCUAA